AUGGCCGCCGUCCGCCAACGCCGCCAGCUCAACCUCCGCCUCCCCGAACUCGCCGCCGACCGCCGCCCUCGCUUCCCGGUCCCCCUCCUUCCCUCCGCCCCCACCACCACUUCCUCCUCCUUCCUCUCCUCCGACCUCGACAAGCUCUCCGUCCUCGGCCACGGCAACGGCGGCACCGUCUACAAGGUCCGCCACCGCCGCACCUCCCAGAUCCACGCCCUCAAGCUCGUCCGCGCCGACUCCGACCCCGCAGCCCGCCGCCUGCUCCUCCGCGAGGUCGAGAUCCUCUGCCGCGCCUCCGACUCACCCCACAUCGUCCGCUGCCACGGCGUCGCCGAGACGCCCUCCGACGACAUGACGAUUCUGCUUUUUUGGGAGGAAGGAAGAAGAGAGAAGGAAGACCCGUGGGAUUUUUGGGUGGGAGGAAGGAAGGAGAUAGAAGGAGAUGAGGAUUCAGUGGUGGAAAUGGAGGAAGAAGGGGUCUGGUGA